AUGUAUCUCAUGUACUACACCGCCGAGGACGGCACACGCUCUUACACCCUGAAGAAGCUCGAUCCCAAAGGUGUGCCAACAGCCUCCGCGCACCCCGCCCGCUUCUCCCCGGACGACAAGUUCUCCCGUGAGCGCAUCACCACCAAGAGGAGGUUCAAGCUGCUCCCCACCCAGGGUCCUGCUCACGAGUACUGA